AAAAAGCAGAAGCAGAAGAAGCAGAAGAAAGAGCAAAAGAAGCAGAAGAAGAAAAAGCACAAGAAGAAGACGAAGUAGACGUGUUCAGUUUGCGGGAAGUUGAAAAACGUUUUUCAAUUUGCGGGAAAUUGAAGACCUUCGAAUGCCAUCGAAGGUGGUCAAAUGCACAGUCUGUGUCGGUACCUGGUCUACAUCGGACGAAGCUUCAGUGUGUGGGUGUUAGUGAAACGUAUUACAAAAGCAGCAACAUGACAUCGUCGUUGGAGUACAUCAUCGGAGGUGUGCGGAUCCAGUUCCCGUGUAAGGCGUAUCCAUCCCAGCUGGCCAUGAUGAAUUCAAUCAUACGAGGGUUGAACUCUGGGCAGCAUUGUUUGCUGGAGAGUCCUACUGGAAGCGGCAAGAGUCUAGCCUUGCUGUGUUCAACGCUCGGAUGGCAGCAGGCACAGUUUGCCAAGUCAGUUCCCGGAGAAAGGUUACUCUCUGAGCUGGUUGAGACAAACCAGUUUUCCCACAUUGGUAACGAAGCAAAUUUCCAGCCUGAGAGGAAACGCAUUUGCACUGCAGAACCCAAGUCCCAUGAAUCAUGCUUCCAGUGCCCAUGUGCAUCAGCCAAGGAUAGUGCAAAGAAUAAAGAUCGAAAAAGGAAGGUCCCUAAGAUUUUUUUGGGCACACGUACUCAUAAACAAAUAACUCAAAUUGUUCAUGAGAUGAAGCGUACUGGAUACUCCACUGCUCCAAUGACCAUAUUAUCCAGCAGAGAUUAUACAUGUGUCAACCCAGAUGUGGCACCUCUCGCCAACCGGAAUGACCUCUGCAAGGACCUAAUGGAAGCUAAAAAUGGACGCUCAUGCCAUUACUUCCAUGCAGUGCAGAAAAUGGGCAGCCAGAGCACAUUGCAGUUGGUCCAUGGAAUUCACCAAGCCUGGGACAUUGAGGACCUGGUCUCAUUGGGCAAACGGCUUCAUUCAUGUUCAUAUUAUGCUGCUCGUGAACUCAUCAAAGGCUCCGACAUCAUCUUCUGUCCUUAUAACUACCUGUUAGAUCCACUAAUCAGAGAGAAUAUGGAGAUUAAUCUUACAGGCCACAUAUUAGUUCUGGAUGAAGCCCAUAAUAUUGAAGACUGUGCUCGGGAAAGUGCCAGUUUCACGUUAGACCAUGAUAGUUUGCUGAUGUGCACGGACGAGCUUGACAGCAUGGUCAACAACAACAUCCGGCGUUUAAAACACGAGCCUCUUAGGGAUUUUUGCUAUAGUUUAGUCAACUGGAUCUGGCAGAGCCAAAGCCUAAUGUCUGAUAUGGAAUAUGAAGAUGCAUCUAAAGUUUGGAAUGGAGAUGAGAUACUCAGCAUUUUCCACACCCUGGGUAUCAGUCCUGAAAAUGUCCGGAUGCUGAAGCAAAACAUGGCUGCAGUGCUUGAAAAGGAGGAGAUUAUAGGAUUUAUAAAUGGCAAAGAUAACAUGAUGCAGGUCCCAACGAUAAGCUCAUCAUCAUCCAGUAUCCUCAAAGGACUCUUCAUGGUUCUUGACUUUCUCUACAGAGACAACUGCAGGUAUUCUGAAGACUACAGAGUUGUACUUCAAAAGACAUAUUCUUGGAUAAGGAAAGACAUGUCCAACAUGAGUGACACGCAGGGCUUCAUGACCCAACAAGGUCAAACGCAACACCCAAGAGUCAGAGGGAAGACUGGAUCUCUGUCACUAAGUUUCUGGUGCCUCAAUCCUGCUGUGGUCUUUUCUGACUUGAGCGGGACAGUGCACAGCAUUGUUCUAACGUCAGGAACAUUGGCGCCAAUGGCAUCCUUCUCCUUGGAACUUGGAGUAAAAUUUUCUGUUCAACUGGAGGCCAACCAUGUCAUCAACAAAUCUCAGGUUUGGGUUGGCACUGUUGGUGUAGGACCUCAAGGUAGAAAGCUCUGUGCCACCUUUCAACAUGCUGAAACAUAUGCCUUCCAGGAUGAAGUUGGUGCCCUGCUACUGAAUGUCUGCAAAGUUGUGCCCAAGGGUGUGCUUUGCUUCUUGCCUUCCUACAAGAUGCUCAAUAAGAUGCGGGAUCGGUGGAACAUCACCGGUGUUUGGGAAAAACUUGAAAAACAAAAAGAAGUGAUAACAGAGCCUCGUGGUGGUGGCAAGAAUGACUUGGAUGAACUACUUCAGGCUUAUUACAAUGCGAUUAAGUCCUGUGAGAAAAAAGAUGGUGCUUUGUUCAUGGCUGUGUGUCGGGGAAAGGUGAGUGAAGGACUGGACUUCACAGAUGACAAUGCCAGAGCAGUGAUCACUAUUGGAAUCCCAUUCCCAAAUAUUAAAAAUCUCCAGGUCAAACUCAAGAUGAAAUACAAUGAUCAGCACUCAAAGAGUAGAGGUCUUCUCUCUGGCCAUCAGUGGUAUGAGAUUCAGGCUUACAGAGCUCUAAACCAGGCCCUGGGAAGGUGUAUUCGACACAGAAAUGACUGGGGUGCCCUAAUUCUUGUGGAUGACCGUUAUAGGAGUAAUCCUAACAAGUAUAUCAAAGGUCUGUCCAAAUGGGUUCGCCAACUAGUCCAGCAUUAUGACACCUUCUCCAGUGCCAUGGAAUCUCUUGUUAAGUUCUCUCAAGAACUACAGAAAUGUUGCUAUCCCACAGACAGCCAGAACUCAACCAUCUCCUUCCCAAACAGCAUAACCAUAACUAAGGCAUUACAAGAUUUACCCAAACCAGUGGAUUUUUCAUCUCACUCACAAAUUAACACUGGAUGUGGUGAACAAGAAUGGCAAAGGGUGACAUACGAUCAUUUUUCAGCGCCACUUUUACAUCCGCCACCUGCCCUUCUAACCUCAGAGCGACAACAAAUUCUCUCUCUGCAAAAGAAGUCAGAGGACUCAGUCCUUGAAUUAUCAGCUGCAGUUAAAUCCAGUGAAUUCAAAAAGAGGAAAUGGAAAACACUGACAUCCCAUUCAAACACCAGUAGUAAAUUGACUUUAACAAACAAAACAGAUGAAAACAAAGAGGACAAGACUGUCUUUUUUACACCUGAACUUUUUAAAGCAGAAGCAGGAGAAGCUGAUACCCAUAAAGGAGCUGAGAUUGAAUCUCCAUCGCAGAUCAUUUUUGGAGCAGAGCGUCAAACCCUGCACCCACAGAAUCUUUUUGGAUCUGAGCUUGCCCAAGUUUCUCCGUUGGAUGAAAAGUGCGUGGUUGCAAUCGACGCAACAAAGAUAGGGUUACCGGGCAGAGAAGAUACUAAUGUUGCAGGAGAGCAUGUAAGAAACAAGAUCAGGUUGUCAAGAUCCAGACAAAAAGCUCACCUUUCUCUAACAGAUAAGUCAUAGCCUCGGGUCAACAAAUAGAUACUGUAGCAAAUGCAGCUUGAAUUGUAUGUGUUUAUUCUUUCCAGAAUGUUUUUAGAAACAAUAAAGUAAACAUUUAACAAUCA